GCGUGCAAACCUGUGGAGCUUACCGAUCUGAGAGUUAAAUCCAUCAGCUACAGAUGGCUGAGGACAGCUAAAGCUCUUUUGCAUCAAUCCAAUUGCUCCUUCUCCGCAUGUGAACUUGUGGAGCAGGGAAUUAUUGUAAUUGAAUGAUUAGCGCGACUGUGUUGCGCAGGCAAAAAAAAAAAAAAAUGACAGCAGGCAGUGGGGAUUCCUGCAAUCGACUCAGCAGCUCCCAGCCGAAAGGCGAAGACGGGAAGAGGAAGAUGGAAAUAGAGGAGUAGCAAGGCGCUGGAACGAGUAGGGGGUUACUGCUUGGCUCGGCUCGUCUUUCAUGUACGCUUAUUCUGCCGCUUUCUUUUGUGGAUAACCUGGGGGGACCAGGAGGGAAUCAGGAGGGGGCCAAAGAACACCUGGACCAAAGCUCGACCUGGAUUUAAAUGGUCUGGCGGGCGAUGCCAAGAAGGAGGAUGUCAGAAACGGAGUGAAUAAGAGCAUGAUCUAAUCCACCAACGAUGCAGAAAGCCUCUUCGGGCUACCCAGCUGGCCUCACCCCCCACGACUUGGACCCUCCUCUGCCCCCCAUGAGCAAAUUUCCUACCAACGUGACCGAGUCCACACCAGCCAAAAAAAUCACAUUCCUCAAAAGUGGUGACCCACAGUUUCGCGGCGUCAGAAUGGCCAUUCACAAGCGUAGCUUCAAGUGUUUUGAUGCCCUCCUCGAUGACCUCUCCAACAAAGUGCCCCUGCCCUUUGGGGUGCGGACCAUCACCACCCCCCGGGGAACACACAACAUCAGCAGGCUGGAUCAACUCGAAGACGGGGGCUGCUACCUCUGCUCUGACCGCCGGCAGGUCAAGGCCCCCAAUGUGGAGGCAACCAGCAGACGUCAGAAUGGUUCAGGCCGCUGGUAUCCAUCAAAGCCAGAGGAGCCUCCCCACGUGAAUUUGUCUGCACAAAAGCACCACAGGAGAAUCGUCCUGUUGAAAAACGCAGACCCGGCAGUCAGAAAAACCAUCAUCAUCAACAGGAGGACAACCCGCAGCCUCAAGUUCUUCCUGGAGGAAAUUUCAGAGCUUCUUCAGUGUCCCAUCAGAAAGCUCUACACAUUGGAUGGGAGGAAGAUUGACAGCACCCAGGCCCUCAUUCAGUGCCCCAGCGUGCUGGUGUGUGUUGGCCGGGAGCCCUUCAGACUUCUUCUAUCGGAAGGCCUGAGGAAAAAUUCAGAGGAGAAAUUCCCAGGGCUGGGACGAUCCCGAACGAGCAUUUGCAGUGACUCCCACGAGAGCGUGAAGACAGCCAAUUUCGGACUUGAGACCAAGAAAAGCAUCAUCCACCCAAGAUCGGAUUCUUGCAACAGGUCGAUGAGGUUUUCUUUGUCGUCGGAAAAGUCUAUUCCGAAUGGACUCAACAUGUCAUCAGGGUACCCUUUACAUACUGAGACUUGUCCACAUGCUAAGGAGCCUUUGAUAAAUGAUGACAUAGAGAAAAGGGUGCUGGUAAACAAAGACGGGAGCCUAUCGGUGGAAAUGAAGGUCCGUUUUCGGCUCCAGAAUGACGAAACUCUCCAGUGGUCGACACAAAUCAGAAAGUCUUCUUUGAGGAAUCCAGAUCCCUAUAUCCCAAAAGAGGAAGGCAUAGAGCUUGACCACACUGAACGACAGGGAACUCAAGGGACUUGUUCUGAAACGGAAUCUUUCCACCCUUGUGAUGACGACUGCGCUUAUUCGGCAAAUAUCCAUCAAAACUGCUGUAAUCAUUGUCGGGAGUAUGACAUCUGGAAGAAUCCGGCCCACUCGGCAUCAGUUCAUCGGGAUGAUACAAGCGUGGUAAGGCAGAUUCGAUCAUCCAGUUCGAGCGCCUCAUCACGCAGGAGAAUUUUACGCACAAAGUCGUCCACUGACACAGUGUCGAGUGAAGUGUACGCUGAGCAGGUAGUACAGCACACUACCUCUUACACAGAGACUGUCCAAAAUGGAGACUCCAGGGCAGAAUAUUGUACAAUGAGCCGGUGUAGUGGUCACAGUGGCUCCUGCUCAAUGACAUCGCAGAAGUUAGGAAAGUCCGAAGGUCGAGUAUCAUUAACACACAGCCACAGCAUGUCAUGUUCCAGUGUUGGGGAAAAUGGGAACAGCGCUCUUGGGUCAGACGAUGAUGAAAAACAUCCAAACGAUGUUUCUUCACUAACUUCAAAGGACAAAGUUAGCCUCGAAGCUGAUCGAGUGAGGGAACCAAGUGGGAGCCCUUCCUCUACGCCAUGUCAGGAAGAAGACCAUGAUGAAAAUGACGUGGAGUCAAACUGUUCUAAUCAGAAACCAUUGUCUCCAAUGCAGCAUUUGUCUCCACGACCAGACAGUAAAUCUUCGAUCUGCUCCUCUCAUUCGAGCAAGGCGAGGCACAGAAAGCGAGUUGAGGACCAUUCUGAAGAUGCUUUAUCUGUUGUCUCAAGCCUUUCCCAUCAUUCAUGUCACGAAGAUACGGAAUGUCAAUCAGCACAGGCCCCCAUCUCAGCUUCUACAAAGAAAUCGAAGAUGUUGCGAGUGAAUGAUUCCGACGGAGUAGCCACACCAGAAUCGUCAGUUUCAGAGUUGCCUGAUGGUCAGAAUCAAGCAGGGGUGGUGGAGGAAGACAGCGAUGAAAGGCCUUCUAGUAUAAUGUCUAAAAGUACCAAAGGUUCCAAAAAAUCCAACAGGAUUGAAUGUAAUGGAUCCGAACGAGUAAGUACACCUGGCUCGUCCACAUCCAAUCUACCUGAUGGUAAAUGUACGAGAGAAGUUCUGGAUGAAGACACAGAUGAAAGACCAGCAAGUAAUAUGUCUAAAAGUACCAAAGCUUCUAGCCAAUCCAAAAUUUCCAAGAGGCACAGUGGGUCUGAAAAACCAACCACACCAGGAUCUUCUACAUCGGAAGCUCCCAAUGUUGUGGAUACAGGAGAAGCUGAAGAGGACAGUGAUGAGAGAGCAGUAAGUUCAACAUCUAAAAGCACACGAAGUUCACACAAAUCAAAAAAAUCCAGCAGGAAAAAUGGCACAGCCCAAGAGGGUCAGGAUGGAUCAGAGGUGGAGACGGCCAAAGAGGUGACAGAAGAAACAGAGGAAAACCACAAGCAAACACCAAGUGACGUGUCAGGGAGCUCAGAGCGCAAAUCAAAAAGCAACAGUGAAGAUGGAGGCAAAGUCUCAACAUGUUCAUCUGCUUCAGAAGGGAAGAUCGCAUCCUGCCAGGAGGACGACGCUGAAGAAAAGCUCGACAGCAACCAAGUUAGAAGGAAAACUCCAAAAAGUUCCUCACACAGGGAUGAAGUGGAGUCCACCAUGUCAAGUGUAUGCAGCAAGUCAGUCUGCAAAAUGGACGGCAAGGGUCACGAGGCAUCCCGUUCAGGAAGCAGAGUAUCCCAUAUUUCAUUGAGUUCUUGUGAAGUCAAAGAUGACACCGCAGCCAAGGCAUCAGAUACGACACACACAGAGCCGUGUUCUUUGAGCGAAGGCAAAGAGGAAUUACCGGCAGACCCUGAAGAAGACAGUGAGGGGAACUCCCAAAACGGAUCAAAAAGCCAUUCAGAGAUUGGCCAGCAGCAAAACCUGCAAAUGGCCAAUGGCAGAGAGUCAAGUUCCAGCUCUCGACCAAUAUCAAGUUUAUCAAGCAAGUCAAAAGCAAAUGCCAAUGAUCAGAAUACAGCAGAAGACGACUGUCGAUCACACAGCAGGAUUUCAAGUGAAUCUUCAUAUCUCCCGCCCAAACCAGCCGUGAAGCCACCUGACCUGAAAUGUGAUGACGAAAGUCCAAGUUCCGUUAUGUCAAAAUCGACCCAAUCGAAUAAAAAAAAGUCAAAAUGCCAUCUGCAGCUUGCCAAGAAAGGUUCGAGUGCAGCAUCAUCCACUAUGUCCCUGUCUUCGAAAAGUGUGCAUUCGCCAUGUCCGCCAAAAGGAAAACCGCAUGGCAAAAACGUGAGGCCUGUUAUAAUGCUCGUUUCAUCGAAAGGCAGCAUUUGCACAGAACCUUCAUUGCCCGCGGAACUAGAGAACAAGAAUGACGGUGACUCCGCCAACUCCAAAGCCCAUGCCUCAGAGAAAUGCAUCAAGGUGGAAAGUGGAAGUAAAAGCUGCCAAGAACGGAAGUCGAGAAGGAAAAAACACAGCCCAUCGAGAAAGAAGGGAGAAGGAAGAGAAGAAGAAGUGUUCAAGUCAAGCGCAGAAAUGGCAGAUGUCACAGAGUUGGUUCCCUCUGCUCUACCUAAUGCCACCCCAACUGAAGUUGUUCAUGAAUGGCUAAGCAAGAUCCCAGCAGACACCUCUUUGUGUGACCUGGGUGAUGAUUUUCAUGAAGACUGCAAGGCAAUGAAUGUCCAGAACUAUGACGAUGAAGCUACCCCCAAAGAGGUCCUACUCCUUUCAAAUCUGACUUCUACCACUGGUAAUCCCAAUGAAGAACAGGCAGAGAAUGAAGCAGUGGAUAAACCUGGGGAUGAACCUGACAUUGAUGUGAAGAAGGACAAGGAUGAUGAAACCGGUAUUAUCGAAAACCAUUUAGAAGAAUGCGCAGAAGUGCAACCAGAAACGGGUUAUGACUUUCAUUCCAGACAAUGCCCAUCCCCAAAAAAUAAUUUGGAAUAUCGUCACCACUUAUCUGUUCAGGUAAUGAAGAUCUUACUGAACCCCAACCGAGGAACUAAACUGGACAGAUGCAGUAGCUUACCUGAGGUUUCACCAAGUUAUGGAAGAAAGCUCAGUCACUCAGCUGGACAGUUACUCGAAUGUCUAGCAAGUCUUCAGAUCUUAGACGGCGAAGCUGCAGACAACAACGAAAAUGGUACGAAAUAUGCCGAAAUCAUGAGCAUUUUACAGUCCCUGUGGCUCAACGAUUCCGUAGAAUACAAUCAGCAGCCCGCUCAGGAAAAAACGUUUAAAGACCAUCACUCCACAGAUGAUGAAUUCAACCCCAGGUCUUCCUCCGGAGUGGAUGUUGGCAGUGGUUCUGGUGGGUCAGGAAAAAGUAGUGUCACGGGUGGUGUUGAUGGGAGUCAUUCCGAUAAAAGAGUUUUACCACACAUGGUUGCAGAAGACAAGGAGUGUUUAUCCGAGCCAAAUGCAAAACAUGACUCACUGCAUCAAUUAUUAGAGGAAAACGAGCAGAAUGAAGACGAGCAACAAUCUCAGUUGUCUACGUCGAGAUCCUACUUCAACGGAAAACUGUCUAAUUCUGCUACUCCGGAUAUAGCAAGUCGAGUUCGGUGGAGUCACGAAAGUGAAGGCAUUGGUUCAGAAGAGGAUAAUGAAGGAAAACAGAAUGAAGGAGUGAGUGUACUGGAGACGAGUGCUCAAGAAAAUACUCCCCAAGAAGAUGCUGAAGACUGCAGCAAUAUUAGAGAAGAAGGUGAGGUCACAGCAGAAUCUGCACAGAAAAAUGUAGCAGAAGUUCUGGAGGAGGAUUCUGUAAGGAACACGUUGACUCCAGUGAGUGCCACGAGUGAAAAGGAAGCCACGGAAAAAAACGACAAAAAAUCUUUAGAUCCCGAUCCAGUUUGGGUGCUGAAUUUGCUGAAGAAACUAGAGAAACAGUUCAUGACCCAUUACGUAAGUGCGAUGGCAGAAUUUAAACUGAGGUGGAACUUGGACAACAGUCCACAGCUGGAUGAAAUGAUAAAGGAGCUGAAAGAAGAUGUUCACAAACGGAUCCAGGCAAGCAUUGAAAGGGAACUGAAAAAGAUACGAGGUCGUGCGGGCAGAACACCUCGACCUCCGGGAAAUUCUGUCAAUAGACAAUCAACCGCACAAACGGAGCGAAGGCGCCGACGUCUGAAGAUCAUGAGCAAGCGGACCGUGGAUGAAUCUGAAAUUUACACGCUGAGCGGGACUGAAUUUAGUGAACAACGCAGUGAUGAAGAAUACUGCCCUUGUGACACGUGCAUGAAGAAGAAAAUGGUAGCCAUGCCUGUAAAGGUCACGGCCGUGGAAAAAGUUCCGAUACGGAGGGAAUUUGAUUUAAGAGAAAUUCUACAGAAGAACAAAUGUGAAGAAGUGGUGCUGCCGACAGAAGUGUCAGAGGAUGCAAAAGAGACUUGUUCCUCUAGUGCUAUGGACAACGAAAAUAAAGAUGAUGAUAUUCACCCAGAAAAUGAAGAGCUUGUGCAUGAAGAAGGGAACACUGAAGGUGCUGCUGAGAACGAAGCAAAAAUGGCAAAUGACGAAGACGAAGUUCAGGGUGAGACAGCUCAUCCUCAGAACAAUGAGGAAAAUGAAGAAGCAACUCCAGAUGAAGUGUGUAGUGAAGAUGAUAAUGAAACAAACACUGGAGCUGAAGAAGAAGAACCUGAAGAAAAGAAAGAUGACGUUGAGAAUCAAGAAGAAGAGAAAUGCACUGAGUCUGAGGCAGGAGAUGAACCGCAAGAAGAAAGCGCUCAAAAAGACCAAGAGGCUGAAGUAAACGAAGGAGAAGAAGAAAUGAAAGACAGAAAUGAUAAAGAAACUACAAACCAGAAUGAUGAGGAUCAACAACUGGAGGAGAAUGAGUCUGAGGACAAACAGGAGGAUUGUGAGACUGAAGAAGAGCAUGAAAAGAAGCGAACUGAAGUUGAAAAUGAAGUAGAAACAGAAGAGAAAGACAAUGAAGAAGAGGCCGAUGGUGAAGUGGGUGCUGAAGAAGGAGCUGAAAUUCACGACCAAAGUAAAAUGGACAGUGAUGAGGAAAACCAGGCUGAUGAGACUGAACAAGGAGAAGUUGAAAAUGAAGAUGGGGAAUCUAAGGAUGAAGGCAUCAAAUGUGAAAGUAAAGGGGAUCAGGCCUCUGAUGAUGGAAAUGAUGGAAAAGAGGGUGAUAUGGAUGAAGCAGAUAACCAUCACUCUUCCGGAGAGCAACAGUCAAAACAGGAAAGUGAUGACGAUGCAAAGAAAGAUGAGAUGGAUGAAAAUGAAGAUGAGGUGCUCGAUGAAGAGGAAGCAGAUAAAGAUGACAAAGAACCAAGUGAGGAGGAAACCUGCAAAAGCAUAGAAGAGCAGGUGAGUCCAGGUAGUCAGGAAGCAGAAGGUGUCAAAGAAGAGGAGGACGAGAAAGAAGAAGCUGUUGAAGAAUUAGAGCAAAAUGAGGAAAAUGAAGAUACAUCUGACACUGCUGCGGUGAAUGAUACCAUUGAAGAAGAACAAGAAAAACAAGAGGCCCUUCCAGAAGAUGAACUGGUGGCAUCGGAAGAAAAUAAUCCUAAGAUUGAUGACCAACAACAGAAUGAAGAAUUAUCUGAGAAUGCUAACAGAGAUAGCAGCACACCUCAAAAUGACGAACAGGCAGUGACUAGCAGUGGGGAAGAUGACACAGUGGCAGAAAUUGAAGACAAUGCUGAAAAACUCAAGAAAAUCCAGCAGUUCACUCUUGUACGGAAAGGCCAAGCAAAGCAGAUAAGCAGAUCCUCCAUUGAAUCACUCCAGGGAUCUGUAGAACAGUCCAUCGAUGUAGGGAUGGAGGAGCAGAAGAACAAUGUGAGCUCUGCAGCGACUCGUCCCAUGCAAAUGUACCCUCAGACGUCUUCUGAGGAAGAAGGACUGGGGUCUGGAUCUGCCAGCCCUGACGGUCAUCAUGAACACACAACAGUGAGAAGUGAUGUAGAAGCGGAGUCAGAAACCCAACUAAUGGGUGAAUCAACCAGCCAGUCCAAGAAGCCAAAGGAAAGUCACAUUGACCAAGAUGAUUUAGAUUUUUAAUAAAGAAAAGAACUAACUUUUAGCUAUUCAAUUAUGUUAUUCUGGUAAGCACUUUAUUUUAAAACGUGUAUCAUAAAAUGUAACAGAUUUUUUUUUGGUGCUGGGGAAGUUAAAAGACAAUUAAGAUGUUCAACAUGGACCAGGCUAGAUAAUUAAAGGAAUAUCUUGGAAUGAAGGACGCGUCAAUAAAAGGGACUGCUUAACGUUCUGAAACCAC